AUGUCAGUCCAGGAGACCUACGAUCAGGCCAGACAGCGCAUCAAGCUCGCCCUAAAGGUCGCUAUCCUGGACGACAUCUGGGCCCGAGAAGUGUUCCGCAGGCACUUCGUGGAGGAAGGAUUUGACUGCCCCGGUGCGCUCUCUCACGGCACUGUUGCCUGGGAGACGGCAACCAUGCUGUGGAACUGGUUCUGCAAGGAGCGCAAGGAUGCUGGACUUGCCUGCCCAACCGAACCGUUGAGGGCUGAGUGCGAGAACCUCUUGACGGAGCCAGACGACGGAUGGGGAGCCUACCUCAUUGAGAGACGGCAGGAAGAAGAAGCCAGGGCGGCCGAGCGUGGACAGGCGAACAGUCCUGCGAUCAAAAACGAAGAAGACGAGGAGAUGCCGCUGGCCAACAUUUCCGAACAUCUGCCUGCCGCAGAGCCUAACAACGCCGUGGCAGUAGACAACAGCGCGGCAGCCCCUCCCGCUGAACCCAGAGACAACCAGAGCGCGCCAAAGACCUUGGACUACCAAGACGUUCUCGGCUUCAAGUGCUCCGAGAACAACCUUGCCCUCCAGUGGUUGUUCGUACCAACCUCAGAAGAGGGUUACCGGUACCAUGUCCUUGUUGGCGGCACCAUGAUCCAAGGCGAUUCGAACAAGUGCAACGAGCACGAAGCACGGGAGGAAGUCGCCCUCAAAGCGUUGAAGACAGUAGAAAUUUGGAACGCUGCUGGAAACGGUCAGAAUGCCCGGGCCUUCCAACCUCUCGACUACACCAACCGGCCAGAGCUCAUCCAAGCUUGCUUGGAGGGCUUCGAGCUAGGCACUCGCCUGGCUCUGCAAAAUCGUCAGGAGUAG